GAUGAGCGUCACAUUCUAAUGGUGCGAAGAAGAUUGUUUUCGGUGAAUGAUCAUUUUUAUCAAGGAAAGCCUCGUUAUUUUAUUGCUGAGUGUAGCAACUAUUCUUGUUUCUGUGUUCAUGUUGAGGGAGUACAAAAUACAAGUUGCCGCUCGUAUUUACUCUUCUUUGUCUCGAAACAGAGAAGACUAUUCAAGUUUAUUCAACCUCGCACUCAACUGGUUGCAACACAAUGUGGAGUUGUCAAAAGAAUAUUCUUUAGUACAGGAGAGCUAUCUGGAGACCUACAAGGUAGUAUUCUUAUUCGUGCUCUUACACGGGAAGCGUUGAGUCGAAAUGUUGUUGUCAAAGUAAGGAGAUAUAUCAGCAGAGUUGUCGUCAAGUCUCAAAAAACCUUUCAGUUAUAUGGUUUAGGAGGUUCGCUGAUGAAACAGGAAGGACUUGAACUGUUACAGGAUACUUCAAAAAUCAGUUCGAUCGGUUUGAUAGAGGCAGUGCCUCAUUUGUGGGCUUCUUGGAGUAUGAUCCAGAAUGCUAUUGAACGAGUCAUAGAAGAUCCACCCGAUAUCGCUAUUUUGAUUGACUAUGUUGGUCCUAAUCUUCAGUUGGCAAGCAAGUUGAGGAAGAUAUUUCCUGGUUUGCCUAUUGUUUAUUAUAUUGCUCCACAAGAAUGGGUUUGGGGAUAUGCAAACCAAAAGGUACCUUUUCUUCUUCGAUAUGUUGAAAGUAUUGGUGAGAUAUGUGAUAAAGUUUAUUCCAUAUUUCCUGCUGAACAUGCUUAUUACCAACGGCAUCAAAUAGCGAGUGAAUAUGUUGGUCAUCCUUUGUUUUCUUCGGACUGGAAGAAAGGGAAUGAAACCAAUCAAAAGAGAGCUAGAGAAAGUUUGCAGCUCGCUUUGGAUGCAGUGGUUAUCGCUUUGGUUCCUGCCUCACGAGAACAAGAAAUAAGAUAUAUUUUGCCAAUCAUGGCACAAGCAGCAAAACAUAUACAAGACCAAUUAGUUGAUGAAGAUGUUGUCUUUAUCGUUCCUUGUUCUAGAGAUGAUUUUCGAGCCAAGAUACAACAACAACUAACCAGAAGUGGUGUUUCACAAUUUCGAAUUUAUGACAAAACCAGCUCUAGUAUAGUAAUAGCUGCUGCUAAUCUUUGUAUCAUGAAGAGUGGAACUGUCAAUUUGGAAGCAGUUGCUAUGCAAGUUCCACAACUAGUGUUGUAUAGACUGAGUAAUUGGAGUGCGUGGUUGGGAAGAAAUGUACUCGGACUACAAAUUCCCUUUAUAGCUUCUCCUAACUGUGUGGAAAUGCGUCUAGUUGUUCCAGAACUGGUUCAAGAGAAUGCCACAGCAGAAAAUGUAUCAAAAGCUGCGUUGAAUUUAUUACGUACAAAACACGAGCAACAAAGAAUGCUAACUGAUUAUGAGCGAAUUGCCAAAGUAUUGCAUUGUCCUGAAGGAACGAGUCGUGCCGCUAAAAGUAUGUUUGAAUUGAUGCAAACUGAUUAAGAGACGCAAUCUGUCUACAUAUAAGAA